CAUCAAAAGAUUCCAUGGAGGCACUUAACAACCUAAACAACAUGGAUCCAGCAUCAAUACAAGUUCCCUUCCCACCAAGAGUCUCCGUAUCACGUCUCGUAGAAAAGCGUCUCCAAACCCCUGCACACUCGAAAUCCCCGAAUUCGUUUUUUAUUUAUCGCGGGGCUUUUCUUGAUGAAGCUCGGGCACAUAACGUUAAAGUCAAGAUGACGGAAAUCUCCCCAAUUAUUUCAGCAUCUUGGAAACAACAACCUCCGUAUGUUAAAAACUAUUAUAGGGAGAUCGCUAAGGAGGUUGAAAGACUGUCCAUCGAAUUACGUCAAAAUGCGAAAGUAGGUGCAGCCCGUAGACAACAUGUUGUCUUGCCACCUUUGGAGGAAACACAAACGACCAUAAUGUCUCAAAUUCCAUCGUUUACCACUAAUGUCUCGUAUGAAAGUUAUGGAAGUUUGAUUCCGCAUCAACAUCUUAACUUUAACUUUCCGAUAAAUUUCUUCAAUCAUGAAUCUCACGAAAUAAUCCUGCAGCAAACCCUUCCUUUCGAAAACAACUUUAAUGAUCUCAAUAGUCACCCUUAUUAG